CCCAAAUUUCUGUUUUUUGAUUUCUUAAAGUUUCUUGAAGUUGAAAAAUGGCAACAUAUGGAGGGACGACACAGAAGUGUAAGGCAUGUGAGAAAACUGUUUACUUUGUGGAUGAACUCACAGUUGAUAAUAAAGUAUAUCACAGGUCUUGUUUCAGAUGUCACCAUUGCAAAGGCACCCUCAAGCUAAGUAACUAUAGCUCUUUUGAGGGAGUUCUAUAUUGUAAGCCACACUUUGAUCAACUGUUCAAAAUGACAGGCAGUUUGGAUAAGAGUUUCGAAGGUGCUCCUAAAACUGCUAGAAACGAUAGAUCUUCUGAUCGGGGCCAAUCUAACAGCAGAAUAACAAGAAUGUUUGGUGGAACACAAGAAAAGUGUGUUGCAUGCAAGAAAACUGUCUACCCCCUUGAAAAGGUGGGAGUUGAUGGAACUGCAUAUCAUAAAGCUUGUUUCAAGUGCAUCCAUGGCGGAUGUGUAAUAAGUCCAUCAAACUACGUAACUCAUGGCCAAAAUCUCUACUGUAAACACCAUCACACACAGCUGUUCAUGGUCAAGGGAAACUUCAGCCAAUUAGACAAGCUGCGUGAAACCGUCAAUGGGGUCACUGAAAACACAGCAGAAUCUUGAAGAUUGAAGCUUCUUAUUAUUCUUUCGUAAUCAAACGUGUAGUUUGAGUUCAGUUUUUUUGAGCAAGAUUCAUAUAUGUGCACACUGUGAAACGAAUCAAGCAGAGUCUUUUCUGUCAUCCUAUUGAAUGUGUGUAUAACAUACUCCCUUCUCUUACGCAUUU